AUGUCGCGCUGGAAGUAUGCUUUCUCCCUAUCCAAGGCCGAAGUCAAAGACACCACCCCUCCCGGGACGGUGAGGCUUGUAGACCGGAGCGAAGCCGAAACAAGUGAAAACGGAGAAAUCGUCAAGUUCCCCCGACCGUCGGCUGACCCUGCCGACCCUCUGAACUGGGCGCCAUGGCGGAAGUUGGCCAUGCUGUUGGUCGUUUCUGUCUACGCCUUCGUCUCCAACUUCAUCAGCUCGAGCAUCGCCCCUGCCCUUCCACUCUGGGCCUACACCUUCCCUCAGGACCCCAGGACGUAUUCAGAGCUCUCUCGUCUCGUUGCGGUUAGCAUCCUCUUCCUUGGAGCGGCCAACAUCUGGUGGGUGCCCCUGUCUAACUGGUCGGGGCGCCGACCCGUGAUGCUCGUAGCCACGCUGCUCAUGACGGUCUUCUCCAUCUGGUGCGCCCUCGCGACAUCGUACAACUCCCUCCUCGCGGCCCGCAUAUUCCAGGCCAUGGGGGGUGCCGCCGCAGACACCGUUGCCCCAAGUCUUAUCGGCGAUGCCUACUUCAUCCACGAGCGCGGCCGAGCCAUGUCUAUCUACACCCUAUUUCUCUGCACGGGAUCUCUCGUCGGCGGCAUCUCAGGGGGCUACAUCGGGUUUGGCCUGGGCUGGGCUUACAUCUUCUGGGUUGCCGUCGCCCUCACGGGGGCCUGCUUCCUCGGCGUUCUCUUCCUUGUCCCCGAGACUCUAUACAUCCGCGAGGAACCAACCCUUUCCGGGAACGGCUCCUCCCAGAGCCUUGAAGACGAAACAAAAGAGACGCAGCAUGUCACCCACGCAGAACUAGCCCGACCCAACAACAACAACGACAACAACAUCGAGCACUACCGCCCUUACACCUUCUUCCGAUCCCUAGGCUUCGUCCGACCUCGGGGCAGCCUCAUCAGACAAUUCGCCCAGCCGUGGAUCGCCCUCGCGCUACCGGGCACCUGGGUAGUGAUGCUGCACUACUCAGGGCUGGUAGGCGGCAUCGUGACCAUCUCGGUGAUGGGAGCACAGAUGGUGUCCGCACCGCCAUAUCUGUGGGGCGCCAACGCCGGACUGAUCAACGUCGGCGGCCUGAUCGGGGCCCUGCUGGGCGGGCUGUACACGUACGCCGUGUCGGACUGGCAGCUCAGGCGGGACGCCCGCAAGCGCGAAGGCCACGGCUACGCGGAGCCCGAGGCCCGGCUGGUCACCAUGUUCCCGGCGCUGUUUGUUGCCACGGCCGGGUUCCUGGUGUUCGGGUUCUGCGCGCAGAAUCCGGCGCCGGGGCGGUGGGUGGGACUCGAGGCUGGGUAUGUGAUGAUCACGUUUGGGCUGAUGCAGGUGCCGUCCAUUGGGUUUAACUACAUCAUCGACGCCUACACGUACCGCGCCGCCGACUGCUUCGUUGUCGUCACUAUCCUGCGAUCCAUUGUCUCUUUCGCGUGGACUUUCUUCGUGGCCGACUGGGUCGAGACUAGGGGAGCUGCCGAGGCGUUUGGGGUCUUUGGCAUGAUGAUGGGUCUGUUUUCUCUGCUCACCGUACCUCUCUGGCUGUUUGGAAAGCGGAUGAGAAUUGCGACGGCGUCGCUCUUCGAGGCUUGA